UGCAUGCCAGAUAAGGCGCCAGACCAAUAGGCGCCUAAAGUGCGACAACAGCGGGGUCUUCUGUUUUUUUUAUUUACUUUGUUUUAAGUUUUUUUUCUUUCGCUGAAUUAUGAUGCUACCAUGAAUGAAAGUAAAAAAAGUUAUCAUUUGUGAUAGCAACCUGUUUCCCUCAAGAAAGAUCCUUCAACUGCCACAGCUGUGUUGUCUAAAGCCAGUAGCGAGGCCUGUGAUUAUUGCCCGCGAGUGCCCGGCAAGUAAAGCCGUCCGUUUGGCGCUAGGUGCCAGUCUGUCGGUCUGUUUCGGAUAGUUUAACUUGUGGGAUACAGUUCAAAAGUGAGCCAGCGGGACGGAACGACAUGCAAGCGAGCAGCUAACCAGCACACUUCAGCCUAACUCUGGCUUUUUGGUUAUUAAUUGUAUCUAAAGGAGCAGUAUGACGUCGGCUUCCACAAAGGUUGGAGAGAUCUUCUCUGCAGCAGGAGCUGCUUUCACUAAACUUGGAGAGCUGACCAUGCAGCUUCACCCUGUGGCAGAUUCCAGCCCAGCUGGAGCCAAGUGGACGGAGACGGAGAUUGAGAUGUUGCGCUCUGCUGUGCGUCGCUUUGGAGAGGAUUUAAACCGAAUCAGCUCCGUCAUCAAGGAGCGUACCGUCAGUGCCCAGAUCAAGACAACAGCAAAACGCAAGCUUUAUGAAGACAGUGGCGUACCUCUCCCAUCGGAAUCACCCAAGAAAGUUCAGAAGAAAAUGCAGGCAUCCUUGUCAGCAACCCCAGCAGUCAUUGCAGUACCAGCGGGGCAGGUGGUUGUGGGGACAGGAUUACAGGAGGCUUCGGCCACCCAAGCAAUUAAAAAGCAGAAAACUUCAGCAGAUGUUACUCUCAGUGCACUGAACGACUCCGAUGUCAACAGUGACCUUGUCGACAUAGAAGGACUAGGGGAUGGCUCCACUGCAAAGAAGCUCAACUUUGAUCAGGACAGCUUGAAUCUUGACUCAAGUCUCAUUAUGAACUCCAGUGAUCUACCACUUCUGUCUCGCUGAGCCACUGCUGGCUUUACACUUGAUUUCAGUUCAAGUUCUCAGUACUGAACUUUUUGUAGGUAGUGGGUUCACCACCAUUUUUGCUCUUUAUGGAUUCAUUCAGAAAACUGUUGGCUUUGUCCUGUCAAAGAGCAAAACAAUCAGCCACUUUUCUGAGAUUUUGGGACUCCACUCCAAGGGACAACACACCAGGGACAGCUUGCAAAAACCAAGACCUGACUGUCUGAGUGAAGGGUCUAUGCAAAAAUUUGAGCACGUUAAGCAUCCAGAAGAGAGCCUCUCCCACUGUCUGUUGGACACAUGAAUGCUAUCACUUUCGAUGGCUAUAAUAUUGACUCUUUUAGCAGCAGUUUUAGAGUGUGUUCUGGAAUGGGCUGCAACUUCAUUUCAUGGUUGUUUCUGUCUUAUCCUGUUCUUGUGUGAUAAUCUUUUAUAGAUGUCCUUGUGCCCCCAUUUUAUAGUGUGCUGUUUGUUGGAAUUUUAACUAAUGUGAACAUGUAGUAAAGAUUGUGACUUUUUUUUUCUCUCCACAA